GAAACGGGCUCGGGGAAGACCACUCAGAUCCCUCAGUACCUCUACGAAGCAGGAAUUGGCCGCCAAGGCAUCAUUGCUGUGACCCAGCCUCGCAGAGUAGCAGCUAUUUCCUUAGCUACCAGAGUCUCGGAUGAGAAGAAGACAGAGCUGGGGAAACUGGUUGGCUAUACUGUACGCUUCGACGAUCUUACAUCUGAUGAAACUAGAAUCAAGUUUUUAACAGAUGGAAUGCUGCUUCGUGAAGCUAUUGGGGACCCUAUGCUGCGGAAGUACAGCAUUGUCAUCCUAGAUGAAGCCCACGAGCGGACAAUCCAUACUGAUGUACUCUUUGGAGUGGUGAAAGCUGCGCAAAAGAAACGAAAGGAACUGGGCAAACUGCCACUAAAAGUGGUCGUCAUGUCAGCCACGAUGGAUGUUGACCAGUUCUCCCAGUACUUCAGUGGAGCUCCUGUUCUCUAUUUAGAAGGCCGGCAACAUCCUAUUCAGAUCUUUUACACCAAACAGCCUCAGAGUGAUUACCUCCAAGCAGCACUGGUGUCAGUCUUCCAAAUCCACCAGGAAGCACCCUCUUCUCAGGACAUCCUGGUGUUUCUGACUGGUCAGGAAGAAAUUGAAGCAAUGACCAAAACCUGUCGAGACAUUGCCAAGCAUCUCCCUGAUGGCUGCCCACAGAUGAUGGUGAUGCCUCUUUAUGCUUCUCUGCCCUACUCUCAGCAACUCCGCGUCUUUCAGGCUGCUCCCAAGGGCUGUCGUAAAGUGAUCCUCUCCACCAACAUCGCAGAAACCUCCAUCACCAUUGCAGGAAUAAAAUACGUUGUGGACACGGGCAUGGUCAAAGCAAAGAAGUACAGCCCUGAAAUUGGUCUGGAAGUGUUGGCAGUCCAGCGGGUGUCGAAGGCCCAGGCUUGGCAACGAACAGGGAGAGCAGGGAGAGAGGACAGUGGGAUCUGUUACCGGCUCUACACGGAGGAUGAGUUUGAGAAGUUUGACAAAAUGACAAUACCCGAGAUACAGAGGUGUAAUCUGGCCAGCGUGAUGCUUCAGCUCCUGGCCCUGAGAAUUCCCAAUGUGCUCACCUUUGACUUCAUGUCCAAACCGUCUCCUGAUGCUAUUCAAGCAGCGAUUGAGCAGCUGGACCUGCUGGGAGCUGUGGAACGAAAGGACGAUCAGCUUGUGCUAACCCCCCUGGGAAGGAAGAUGGCAGCCUUUCCACUGGAACCAAAGUUCUCUAAAACCAUCCUCCUGUCGCCCAAGUUCCACUGUACAGAAGAGAUCCUGACCAUUGUGUCGCUGUUAUCGGUGGACAGUGUCCUCUACAAUCCCCCGGCCCGGCGGGAUGAAGUGCAGUCUGUCAGGAAGAAAUUCAUCUCCAGUGAGGGGGAUCACCUUACCCUGCUCAGUGUGUACAGGGCCUUCAAAAAUGUCAGUGGCAACAAGGAAUGGUGCAAAGAGAACUUUGUCAACAGCAGGAACAUGAUGCUUGUGUCAGAUGUCAGAGCUCAGCUCAGGGACAUCUGUGUAAAGCUAUCAAUGCCGAUUGAGUCCUCCCGCUCAGACACGGGAAACAUCCGCCGCUGCCUGGCUCACAGUCUCUUCAUGAACGCUGCAGAGCUGCAGCCGGACGGCACCUACAGCACUGUGGACUCUCACCAGUUGGUGGCCAUCCACCCCUCCUCUGUGCUCUUCCACUGCAAGCCAGCCUGCGUGGUUUACAACGGGCUGCUUCACACCAACAAGUGCUACAUGCGGGACCUGUGCGUGGUGGAUGCGGACUGGCUGUAUGAUGCAGCACCUGACUAUUUCCGCAGGAAGCUCCGAAGGGCCAAGAACUGACCUGUGGGUCUGGGACCAACACGUCCAAGGUUUUUAGGCUCACCCUAAAAGACUAUUUUUUUGUUUUGUAAUGAAUAUAUGGGAGCAGUAGAGCUUUGCCUUGCAAAUCAGGUAAAAACCAUAGAGGAAAAUGGCUUCUCUAUGAGAGCUGGACCUCACAAGUCUCCCUGGCUUAGAACAAUCAUCCUUUUUAACAGUGAAGCUGUGAAGGGGGAACGUAGUAUGUAUUCUGUGCGUGCGUGUGUGUGUGAUAAAUCUUUACUGGGGGGAAAAGGAGAGCUGGUAUCAGAUUCCAGUUUUUAACACUUACUGAAGUUUAACAGGCUUGUAUACGAGGAAGUGAAAUCCUAAGAGCUCUUCUGAGCAGCCUUGGUAUUUUUGAUGAUUGUGCUUACAUCCUUAGCAGGUUUUAUUGGGAAAAAAGGAGAAAAAAGUUUAAAUGUCUGCAUACAGGGGAAGAAAAAUACCUUUUUUUACUGUUUCUAGAAGGGAGGUGCAACUGUCUUUUGCCUCAUCAAACAUCUUUCUGCCUGCAUGUCAUGUUCACCAUCUUAUUUGGGACCAUGCGAAGGCCAGCAACGGGAAUGCCUGCUUGGACAAGGUCUUCGCUGCUUGUGUCUGAGCCUCAGGGGCUGGCAGUGGUUUCCUGGAGAGGUUGUCCAGCUGCCUGCGUGCUUGGCGUCAUCUUUCUUCACCCUUUUGCUGUUAGGGCAUGUUGUUCCUCAGCAAAUACUUCUGUCUUUUCUGACUCUUGUCCGUGCACUCCUGGCUUUGGCAUUGGCACACCAUCCACAACAGCUAAUCAGGCCAACUUGAGGAAGACUCAGCAAAAUUCAAGUGAAGAUGUGGUUUAGAGAUUGAACUUCCUUUUAAGGGUCCUUGAUUCAUCAAAUGUUUGUGUUUUCUGCUCUGACACCAGUCCUUCUGCCCCCUUCUUCCUCCCCCAACCCUGUCCUGGUUAUACUUUGGUUUUCCAUUAGAAGUUUGGAGCUUGAUGUUGUCAAGAACCGCACAUCUACCAUUAGUAUCUGUUACUUGGGUUUUUUCUCCCAUAUUCCCUUGGCAUCUACCGAUCUCUAUUUUCCUGUUGGAGAAAAGUGGCAAUACCAAACGUAAUUGUCUUUUUAAAUACUGGAAUUAAGAAACUAGCGCCACUCCAAAGGGAAAGCUUGUUCUUUAAUGUGAAGGAAAGUGGAUUUAUUCCAUGAUCACCAUGUGUUGGUGGGGGGAAAAAUGUACAUUGUUUUUAAGUGAUAUCCUAAGUACUUCUAAAAUAACCUCUCUGGGAGAGGUAACUUCCAGUUUCAACAGAGUCUGUUGAUGUAGUGUAGUAAUUUGUACAGAAUUUUGGAUGAGUUGAACUGAAGCAGGUUAGGUGUCUGAAAGGGUGGGAGAGGAAGCUGUUCCGCACGUGCAGUGUCACUGUAUGAUGUAAUGGGGUUACGUUACAUGGGCUGUGACAGGACUGUGGUGUAUAGUCCUCGCGUCCUGCAUCCUUCAAAUAGCAACUUUAAGAAAAAAAAGAAAAAAAGGUUUAUAUUAAUAGGGCUGCUCAGGGAUGUGGUUGCAUUGGCUGUUGGCAAGCCCUUAUUCACUGCAUUCACUCGGGGAAAGCUGCUGGCUUUGCCCGUGAUCUGUGGGCACAAGCUGCAUUUGCCAUGUCACAAUUUUUCCUUUCUGGUUACACAUGUCACGGCUGCACAACACGUUGUACUAUGCUUUUUCUUUGGCCUCCAGUAUUGGCUUACCUUGCUUUUCUCUUUGAAAACUGGGGCAAAUACCUCUUUUGUUCUUUUUUCUUAUGUUUUUUUUUUUAACUGGAAUGUCACUUGUGCUGAUCUGCAAAUUGCUGUCUCCCAAAGAGUGUCAGUAGGUACCCGGUGUACCUGGGAUGGUCUCAUCUCUCAGCCUGUUCCUAGGAACGUCCGCAGGGGUGCAGUGGAAACGGACACCCAUCCCUUUGUUGUGCCUCUUUGCAAUAUUGUCCUUCGGUGGUUUGGGAAAAAAAAGAAAAAAAAAAGGCAAAACUUGUCACUUUUGUGUGUAUGACCAGCUGCAGAUCUGGACUGGCAUUUCAAGAGAUCGCAGCUAUUUCAGUUGUUCUCACAGGAAUAGCAGGGAAUUAUCAAAGCACUGUAUCGAUCUGUUUCUUGGUUUUACAGACUCUGCAUCUGUAAGGGAAAAUGUAGUAUAAGCACAUUUUGUUUGGGCAGUCUAAUUUAACAGUCUGUUUAAGGGAGGGGAUGAGUGUUUAUUUAGAACUAAUGUGUAUAUUUUUCCCCAAAUAAAUAAGUGAUGGCAAAAAUCCAAGUCCUGGGUGGGUUUUUGUGAGACAGGAAAGCUGUGUGGAUGGAAGAAAUGAUCAUGGGAUGUGGAGGUACAAGUCCCAGCAUUGUCAGUUCUUGCGGGAGUGUCUUCACGUUAAGCCAUCGAGGGUGUCUGUGUGCAGGUGUCGAGAUGUUAAUGAGAUGUGGGUCCCCGAAUCUGGGCUUUGCGUGCAGAACGGACCCAGUCGUGACAUGUGCUGUGCUCAAACACCAGCGUGGGGCUGACAGUAAAAACGCCAGUCCUUGGGUGUGAUGCUGGGGUGCUCUGUCGGCACAGUGGGGUGCUGUUGGUGUGAUGGUGGGGUGCUAUCGGUGCUCCCCUGCUGCAGCCCCGCGGUGGGCAGCGAUGGGCUGGGCCCUACUCAAUAGAGGGCAAUAGUGCCAGCCUUCAGACGAAGGGAACCCUUCAUGCCAGG